AUGAAGAAAAAUAAGGAUAACUCACACAUUUUUUCUCUAAAAACUGAAAGAUACAAUGAUCAAGAAAAUAAGCAAGUGAAUGAAAAUGAAUUAUCCGAAAUAGGAAAGAACAUUGAUAAAAUUUUUGACGAAGAUGUAGAAAAUAUAAAAUUUGACGCUGAUAGGCCAUCUCAUUUUUUUGUAAAAAACACGGAAUUAAACGAUCCACCAGAAAAGUGUGUAAAAUAUGAUAAUAUAUCUGAUAUAAUAGUUAAUAAAUACAAAAAAAUAAAAAUAUUAUUUGAUCCCACAACUUGUGGACCUUAUAUCUGUUGUAUUGUUAUUUUAUCUAAAGAAGAAAAUGAACAAAUUGAAUUUAUUUAUCCAAAUAUAAUAGAUAUAAAAAAAAAUGAUAAUUUUUUUAAAGUUAAUGAUAAAAACAAUUUAAAAUCAAUAACACCAUUUAAUGUUUGGUAUAGAUAUGAAGGGGAUUGGGUGAAUGAUAUAAAGAUGUUAAUUUUAGAAAGAAUAUAUUUAUUUAAUGAAUUUAAUUCGGAUAAUACCCUUCUUUAUUUUAACAAUGAUAAAACUAAUGUUUUCAAUAAGGAAUACAACAUUAUGUAUGGAGAUAGUGGUAAUAGAUAUUAUAUAAUAUCUUUAAAUUAUUUUGAAAAUUGCAAAUAUAAGGAAAUUAUUAUUAUAAGUCAAAUUCCAUAUUAUGAUUUUAUAUACACACGAUUUAUUCCAGUUGCACAAUCAUUAAUAAUGAAUACAGUUAAAGAAAAAAAGGAGGAAGAUAAUAAUGAAAAAGUAGAAAAGUUUGAUAUGAAUAUUGAUAAGAGGGGUGAUUAUGAAAAUGAUAUUAUAAUAGAUAAUAGUGGAGACAGAAUAAAUUAUGAAAAAUUAAAAAACUUUGUUGAUUAUUUUAACACAGGAAAAAUAUUGGAAUAUAUUACUUAUGAGGAUUAUUAUGUGAGUCUGGAAAAUAGUAUUGAAAAUGUGAAUAAUAUGAAAAUAAAAAAUAUUUUAAUUUUUUUAAAAGCAAUAUUGUUAGAAAGAAAAAUAGUUUUGGUGAGCUCUAAAAAAGGGAAUACAUAUGAAAAAUUAUUAUUAUUUUUGUCAUUCAUACCUGAUAUUAUAAAUUUUGGAUUUAACAUAAAAAAUUAUGAAGGAAAAUUUGAGGAAUGGAUAAAAUUUAAGUUACCAUUAAUUUUAUUUCAUGAACGAUAUAUAUUGUUAUUACAUAUAAAUAACCUUCAAUUAUUUAAUGAAUACACAUUUGGAAAAAAUUAUUUAAUAUCCACAAACACAGAUAGCGAUGUAUAUAAAUAUGUAAAAGAUGUGGUAGAUGUGUUAUAUGAUAUAGAUAAAGAUGAAAUAUUUAUAAAAAAUGGAUAUUUAAAUAAUGCAUUAACAUUAACUAAAUAUGAAAUUAAUUAUCUAAAAACAAUUAGUUUAUCUUUUAAAUCUUUUUUAAAUUUUUCUUCUGCAUUUUUUGAAAAUAUUAAAAAAUAUAAUAAUAAUAAUAAUAAUAAAAAUGUUAUUUCUUCAAAUAAGGAUGAUUCUAACGCAUGUUCUCAGAAUAAUGCUUUUCAAUAUAAUACCAACAAAAAAAAUGAUGCACCUUUUUAUGAAAAUAUGAAAAAUUAUCAUGUUAAUAAUAAAGGGGAACCUAUUAGGGACAGUAAUCAGGGUUAUGUAAUUAACAAUCAGAAUAAUAUCGAUUCGAAUUGUGUUAAAAAUGUGAAUAAAAAUGUGAGUAAAUAUGAACACAAUGAAAUAUAUGAACAAUAUUGUAGUCCAAUUGAAUACAUAGAUGAUGAAGAUGAUGUAUAUGUAAUAGAUAUUAAAUCGUUAAAAAUACAACAACAAAAUAGCUACAAUUUGAAUAUUAUUAAGGAAAUAAAUAUAUCAAAUAGUAGCAUAAAUUGUAUAAAAGAAAAUGAAGAAAAUAACGAAUUUAAAAAACAACAUAUUACAGAAUUAAGAAAUAAUUUUCAUAAAUAUUUUGACGAGUUUUUUAUGUUAAGCAAACAAAAUUAUGAAGAAGGUGUAAAAGAUAAAAGAGAAAAUUAUAACAAUAAUUAUAAUAUACAUUUUCUUGAAAUGUGGAAUAAGACUUCAAAUUAUAAUUUUUUUAUAGAAAAGGAUUUAAAACUAAAUAAUUUUUUAAAAAUUUCAAAAAAAAAUAAUAUAUUACUUGAUAAGGAAGAUAUAGAAAAUUAUAAUUUUAUAGAUGAUAUAUUAAUUAUUGAAAAAAAAAACAGAAAACUGGAAAAUGAAAAUGAAAAAAUAGAUAAAACAAAAAAAGAAAUAAAUACAAAUUUAAUAGAUGUUUUAUUAAUAUCAUUAAAAGGUUAUGUAUAUGAAGGAACUUAUUGUAAACUCAAAAAGUGCAAAGAAGGAAUUGGAAAACUUAUAUAUAAUACACAUUGUAUAACAUUUUAUGGAGAAUGGAAAGAUGAUCAAAUAAAUGGUUCAGGCCAUUUACUGUAUUCUAAUAAAUUCAAAUAUUUUGGUAAAUUUAAAAAUAACUUAUUCAGUGGUAAUGGGCUAUAUGUUGAUUACUUAUUAAAUCAAUAUGAGGGCGAAUUUUUAAAUGGGUUUUUUAAUGGUAAUGGGAAACUUAUAUUUAAUAAAAAUACAUAUAUUGGUAUAUUUAAAGAUAAUGAUUUAGUUGGAAAGGGUAAAAUUAUUUAUGAAAACGGAAAUAUUUAUACAGGGGAAAUAAAAAAUUUCUUACCACAUGGAUAUGGAUUUUUAUCUUAUAAUGAUACUACCAUAUUUGAAGGUAUUUUUUGGGAAGGAAAAAAAAAUGGAAAUGGGUUUUUAACUAUAAAAAAUAAUCCCAAUUCUGAUAAAAUGUUAUGUAUCGAAGGUAAAUGGAAUAAUGAUGAACCUGUAUUAAAAAAAAAUUUUCAUAUAAUAUUUCCUAACAAAGAUAAAUAUAUAGGUAAGAUUUAUAUUUUACCUUUUGGUAUAUAUAAAAAGAACAAUACGAAUUGUAACUAUUUAUAUAGUAAAAAUAAAAUACCUAAUAAUAUAAGUAAACAGUUACAUGAUGUGAGAAAUUUUAUUGAAACGAACAUAUCUAAUACAGAUAAAGUUAAUAAUAGUGACCAAAAUUUGAUAUCUACACAAAGUAAAAAUAUAACUAUGGAUAAGAAAAUAGAAAAUAAAAUAUUUUCAAACGGUGUUAUAAAUAUCAUAAAAUCCGUUAUUCACAACUCUGAUGAUAUUAACAGUUUAGAAAUACGACCCGAUAGCAAUCCGAAUAAUACAAAACUGAAAACAGAUGCAAAAAACUCUUUAUCAGAUGAUAUAACAAAUAUAAUACAAAAUUAUUCUUCAAAUAAUAAUAGUUGUAACCUUGAAUAUAGUGAAAAUGAUUCUACACAAAUAAAUUUUAACGAAAAGCUUGAAAUUUAUAUAAAGAGAAAAGAAGCAAAAUUAUUGAAAAAAUGUUGGGAAGUAUUGGAUAAAAAUUGGAUCACUAAAAUUGAAAAUAAGUUAAAAAAAAAUUAUCAAAUUGUUGAGUAUCUUAAAGAAAAACAAAUAUAUCUUAUACCCCAUAAAAAGGGAUUAAGCAUAAUGUGUAAUAAUAACAAUAGUAGUGGUAGCAGUAACGACGACGCUAAACAAGAAAACUACGAUGGAAUGUUCCUUUUAGGAAUGAAGCAUGGUUAUGGAAUAUUUUUUUAUGAUAAUAUAAACCGAUAUGAAGGAUAUUGGUAUAGGGGAAUGAAACAUGGGUAUGGAAUUUUAUAUGAAGGAAAUGAUAUAUAUUAUGCUCAUUUUAAUUAUGAUAAAUUAAUUAAAAAAGAAAAAAUAUUGCAUGAACAGUUAUGCAAUUAUAAGCCCAAAAAAGAUAAACUCAAUGAAGAACAAAAUUAUAAUGAUUUUUUAAUUAACCAAUCCUUUUUUGAUUAUAAGGAUAUUUUAUUCCAAGCCUUGAGCAAUUAUCUUUAA